CCGGCAGGAAGGGACGAAGUCGCAGAACUCCCGAGAAGGAGGGAGCUACUCCGCUUAGCCUGCUGAUUAAACAACCCUCGAAAUCACCUUCAAAUCUAGAAAGCAAACGGCAAUCCUCAGACAUUUUUCAUCUACUGGAAUACCUUUUUUAUUGUUAAUAUAUUCUGUGUGAAGAAAGUAUUUAUACUUUUUGUUCGCUAUUUUGCACUAACUAACGGUACUCCACAACUACUGAGAAGCUUUAUUUUUUUACAAAACAAGAAACGUUCACACCGGGUGGAACCAGACCUCCUCUGCAAGAACCGCACUUUCACCGCCGAACAAGUUUCGCUUCCCUCAGGCCGUUCUACCCGCCUGUGUCGCCAACCACGGCUAAAAGCAAGCAAACCCAUCGGACCUCUUCACACGUGCAGUCUCCGCUCACCACCCGGUCGACGUCAGCAGUUAGCUAUGCAGCUUGAAAUCCAAGUAGCUCUCAACUUCAUCAUCUCGUAUCUGUACAACAAGCUGCCCAGGCGGCGGGUCAACAUCUUCGGCGAGGAGCUCGAGCGGCAGCUGAAGCAGAAGUACGAGGGCCACUGGUACCCGGAUAAGCCGUACAAGGGCUCGGGGUUCAGGUGCAUCCACGUGGGGGAGAAGGUGGACCCCGUGGUGGAGAAGGCGGCUAAAGAGAGCGGACUGGACAUCGACGAUGUCCGCAACAACCUUCCGCAGGACCUCAGCGUGUGGAUUGACCCCUAUGAGGUGUCCUACCAAAUCGGGGAGAAGGGUCCGGUCAAAGUACUGUACGUCGACGACAGUAACGAGACGGGGGCGAGCGGCGGGGGGCUGGAUCUGGACAAGGAGAUCAAGAACAGUUUCAAUCCGGACGCGCAGGUCUUCAUGCCCAUCAGCGAACCCAUGGGCGGCGCUUCUCCAGGCUCCAGCUCGCCCUCGCCCCCUUUCGGCCACUCGGCGGCGGUCAGCCCCACCUUCAUGCCCCGCUCCACGCAGCCUUUAACCUUCACCACCGCCACCUUCGCCGCCACCAAGUUCGGCUCCACUAAGAUGAAGAGCAGCGGGCGCAGCAGCAGCAGCAGCAGCAACAACAACAACGCCUGCACUACCGGCGCCAACAAGGUGGCACGCACCUCUCCCACCAACCUGGGCCUGAAUGUGAACAGUCUCCUGAAACAGAAAGCCAUCUCCACUUCCAUGCACUCGCUCUACGGGCUCGGGCUCGGAACGCAGCCGCCGCAGCAGCAGCAGCAGGCCAAGCCCUCGGCUUUGUCCCCCAACGCCAAGGAGUUUGUGUUCCCAAACGCUCAGAGCGCCCUCUUCCCAGGGGAGAGCUCACUCGGUCUGGGCCCGCUUCAGUACAACAACGCCUUCGACGUCUUCGCGGCCUACGGCGGCCUUAACGACAAGUCCCUGAUGGACGGCUUGAAUUUCAGCCUGAGCAACAUGCAGUAUUCUAACCAGCAAUUCCAGCCAGUCAUGGCCAACUAGCUACGACUUCACGCAGCAGCAACGACCAGAUAAUGUGACGCUAUGAUGGUGGGGGGGGGGGGGGGUCAACUUAAAUGCACAUUUUGAAAAAUUAGAAAACAAAAAAAAGAACGGAAUGUCAAGAAUGAAAGAAAAAGUGACAUCUUAAGAAUACGAGCCCGAGGGUGAACGACUUUGCCCCCUUGAGUUACAACUUGUCUUUCUUGAAAUGGUGACGCUUGUUGUACGAGAUGUCCAAGCUUGGUUACCCAAACUUCAUUAUUGUUAUUUCUUUUGCCAACCAAGCACAAAAUAUUUUUUUAUGUUACUGUUUGAAGUAGAGAUAUAUAUAUAUAUAUAUAUAUAUAUAUAUAUAUAUAUAUAUAUAUAUAUAUAUAUAUAUAUAUAUAUAUAUAUGAAAAACAAAACAAAAAAAACACCACCACAACUCAUGGCCUCGUUCAGUAUUUGGACAUAACUGGAUUUUGCCAAUUUUUUACCAGAAAUUGGCAUCGCUAAGUGGGAUUCUCUGGUCUUUUUUCUAAUUGUAUAAUUUAAUUUAGUACAGAGUUUGUAAAAUAUCAAGAGUAUCUAUUGUUUCUACGACACGGUAUUGCAUUUAUAUCUUUUUACUACUCCAGUGAUCUGUGAUGGCUGCAGCAACUUUGUUUUCUUUUUUAUUGAAAUGAGAAAAAAUGAAUCCAGACUAUUCUAAAGAUUGUGUACAGAAUAUUCCAUAGUGGUGGGAUUUAAGAAUAUUUGCUUUUUUUCAGGGGGAGGAGGGGAACAUAGAGUUGUAUUUUCUGUUAAGAGUAAGAAAAAAAAUGAUUUUGCUACAUUAUGGACAAAAUGUAAUCGUAUAUUAAUUUUGUACCUACAUUGUGCAAUACUUGAUAAAAACAAAACGGUAUAACAAAGUAUUCGGAGUCAGUGUCUUACAUGUUAACAGGGACUGAUAGUUUAUUAAGUUUGUAUUAAAAGGCUUGAAAAUAA